AUGGCUUCAUGGCGUAGUGCCGCUGCUCUGCUCGGCUGGCUCAGCGUCUGCGCAGUCGCUGUCGACCCCUACUCCUCGAGUGACUACAUUCGUAGGACAGGCCACUCUGUCGCCAUUAUCGGCAAAACCUUGUACAUUGAUGGAGGCGAGGUGGCGCUACUCUACGAUGGCAAAGCUUCUCAGGGACAAUCUACAUAUCAAAUGAACGACACCCUCACGAUCCCUCUCGGUGUCUCCUGGACCAACCAGACCGUGCCGAUAACCCCGAUCGCUAAGACUGCACCCGUGUUUGAUGGUGCGGCACUAUGGGUUGACCAGUCCACGAAGUCUAUGUACAUGUGGGGAGGCCAGGGCCCGUGGGGAAACCUAAGCAAGACCCGUGAUCUCUGGAGGUUUGAACAAGAGGGCAGCGCGGGCUCAUGGAGCAAGCAGGCGGCAGCGAACCCAGAUGUCUUCAUGUCGAUCAAGCGGAGCACUGUGGCCGAAAUCACAACGUGCAAUGGUAUGGGGUUCUAUGCCGGUGGUUUCGGCUCUGUGUGGACCGACAAUUCCUUUGCUACAGGCAGUCUAGGAACGCCAGUCCCCGGAAUGCUAACGUACAACAUGACGAGCGGCAUUUGGGCCAACAACUCCAUGGCCGCAGUGAACCGUUACGAGACCUUGAUUGGUGGGUCCGCCGCCUGUUUACCCUCGUUUGGAACCUCGGGCAAGGGCAUGAUGAUGACAAUUGGUGGUGAAAUAGCCAGAAGGGAGGGUUACAACAGCAGCGAGCCGAACCUGGUCGGACUUGGGAACUUGACGUUCUGGGAUAUCGAGACACAGACAUGGUUUUCUCAGCAGACCACCGGCGACAUACCCAGCCCGCGGAGCAAGUUCUGCACCGCAAGUGCUGAUAGUCCAAAUGGAAGCGUAGAAAUCUUCCUCUGGGGUGGUUACGACGCCUUGAACAAGAUAAGCUUCCAGGACGUGUACGUCUUGUCGAUCCCUGGCUUCGUAUGGAUCAAAACCAAUGUCAAGACAGGCGGGCCACGGGCAGGUCAGCAGUGCAUCAUGUAUGGACGCCAAAUGUUCGUUAUCGGUGGCAAGAACUCGGACAAGGGGUUCACAGCUUCCUUUCGAGACCCGGACCCUUGGAUCAACGGCAUUCAUGUUCUUGACGUUUCGUCUUUAAGCUGGAGCAGCAAGUACGACGCGGAGGUGGCUGACUAUGAAUCACCCAGUGUGGUCAACGAAUGGUAUAGCGCAGGAAAACAGAAAGAUGUCACUUGGACUUCGGAUAGCGUAAAGGCGCUGUUCGUAGGAAAAGGAAAGUCGAGUAACAGCUCAGGCGGCAACGCAUCAUCCAACGGCAGCUCGGCAGGAAGUUCGGGGUCCUCAAGCUCAGCGCCAAUCGGAGCAAUUGUUGGAGGAGUAGUCGGAGGUGUAGCUGCACUUGUUCUGGCAGCUCUUGCGGCUUUUUUCUUCAUGCGUCGCACAAAGCAAGCCACAAACCCCAAUGAACAACAGCCACUUCACGGUGUUGGAUAUGGCCGCCCUGGCGAACUCACACCUCCUUUGUACGAUCAGCAGCAAGAGAAGACCCCUCAAGAGCUGUCCAGCAUAAGAAGCCCAGCUAUGCUGGCGACGGAGGAGAGGCCGACCGAGUUAGCCCAUCAUAGCUGGCACGACCAACAGCAAUUGUGGCAUGAUCAAAAUGAAACGCAAUGGCGGCAACAGGCACUCGUGCCGGCACAUAAGUCAGAGUGGGCGCUCUUCCAUGACAUUCACGGGGCUUUCAUGUGGCAUGCAAAGUACAUCCCUACCCGUCUUGAAGAGAUCCUUUUCAGUGACCACGCAGCUUUAGACAUCAGCAAUUGGAUCGGUGUCAUUCAAGAGCAUACACCAUCCGUAGCACGCCGCUGCGUGCUCGAUGACUGGAAGAAACUGGGUCCGAAGCGGUGUGUUCUCGCGGUCUCGCCGCCCGCGGAGCUGAAGUUCAUCGUCCCUGAUGUGGAGACAAUCAUCGUCUUCUCGCGCGAGGGUUCAGCGUCCAUAGGUCCUCAGUGGCAGCAAAUGGCACGAAUGGAGGGACAGAAAGGACAUCAUUUUCAGAUAAUCAGACCAGAAACUAGGGUAGAUGACGGGGAGGGUUUUGAGAGAUGGGGCGCGGAUCUGGACCGUGUUCGAGAUAACGCGUUGAGAGAACUCACUCUUUAG